AUGGGUCGGACAGCUGGAGAUAAUCCCAUAGCAGGGAGCCAUAAUCCCAUGCAGCAAAUGCUGUGGCGGCAGCACUUGCAGAUGCAGCUGGAACGACAGGCACAGGCGCAGGGUCAGGGUCAGGAAGGAGGAGCGACUCAUGUGGAAUCUGCAGGAAAUACAGGGGUGGCAGCAGCAACAUCGGCAACAGCAGCCGCAGCAGCAGCAUCAGCAGCAGCAGCAGCAGCAGCAGCAGCAGCAGCAGCAGCAGCAGCAGCAGCAGCAGCAGCAGCAGCAGCAGCAGCAGCAGCAGCAGCAGCAGCAGCAGCAGCAGCAGCAGCAGCAGCAGCAGCAGACGCACAGGUUAUGCACCAGCAGCAGCAGCAGCAGCAGCAACAUCAGCAGCAGCAACAGCAGCAACAGCAACAGCAACAGCAACAGCAACAGCAGCAGCAGCAGCAGCAGCAGCAGCAGCAGCAGCAGCAGCAGCAGCAGCAGCAGCAGCAGCAGCAGCAGCAACAGCACCAGCAUCAGCAACAGCAGCAGCAGCAGCAGCACCAGCAGAAGCAGCAGCAGCUGCCAUCGUUACGAAGGACCUUUUCUCACUCUCUCUCUCACACAUCCUCGCCGUCCUCACACACUCGCUUCUCCCACUCCCACUCCAUCCACCAGGGCGCACACACCCCUAACCCCUCCCUCACUCCCUCCCUUAACCCCUCCUUCAACCCCUACCUCAACCCCUCCCUCACUCCCUCCCUCACUCCCUCCCUCACUCCCUCCCUCACUCCCAUCACAACACAGCUCUGGCAGAAUAGCCGCAUCCCUCUCUACCCUCUCUCCCGCCCCUCCUCCUCCUUCCGAGCGCCCCCUCCUCUCCUCCCCUCCCUCCCCCUCGCCUCCACCCAUGCCUCAUCUGAUCUCACUCCACAUAAUCACACUCUGCAUAAUCAUGCUCCGGAGGGAGGAGAGAGGGGAGCGAGAAGGAACGAGCAGGUGAAGGAGGGAGGUGAGAGCAGCACAGUAGACAAGAGAGAAGGGAAGAGCAGGGGUGUGAGUGUGAUGGGGCAGCCGUGGGAGCAAGGAGUGGAGGAGGUAGGGAAGCAUGGGCAAGCCAGGGAUGGUGAGAGGAGGCAAGCCAGGGAUGGUGAGAGGGGGCAAGCCAAGGGUUCAGAGGAGGAGGGGGUAAUGGUGGGAGUGGGUGGGAGGGAUCACACCUCCCCCGCUCCCCCCUCUGCCUUGCUGGCCGUGUCAGAGGAUGACGUCAUCAGUCUGCUGGUUGCUGACUGGGCGGCAGAAGACGCUGACCUGGCCAUGCGUGCUGAGCUGGCAGCAGCUGACGCGGCACCGCCACUACCACCACCCGAUCACGGUGGAGUGAGGGGGAUGCAGCCCCAUGAGAGUGGCAGGAUGGAACCAGAGCCAGGCAACAUGGUGGAUAGUAGUAAACCCAUCACCACCACCACCACCCCUUUGACUGAUCCUGCCCCUCCUCCUUCUCUCGGCAUCCUACCCCCUACUGACUUGACUGCUCUCCCAGGCACGCAGAACCUCACUGCACCGCACGCCACCGCUCACAAUGCUCCGUAUGAGUGGUCUGCGUAUGUCCGCCCGGCCCCGUCUGCUGCAGGGCUUGUGCGGCUGCCACGUGUACAUUCCACUGGACCUGAUACUCCCACGUUAGAUUGUGAUGCUGCCAUGUCACACCAUGGCAUGAUGACUGGAUAUCACCAGCAUGCCAUGUCACACCAUGGGAGGGUUCCUGGAAACUUCUUGGGUGCGGGAGCAGCAGGGAGCUUGGGGGAAACAGGCGAGCUGAUGACUAACUUGGUAGAGGGAACGAUGCUAUGGGGGAUGUCAGGUCAGCCUGCUGAAACCAUGCCAGGUCAGCUUGCUGACGUAUUGCCAGCUCAUCCUGCUGGCAUAUUGCCAGCUCAGCCUGCUAACACAGCGCCAGCUCAGCAUGUAGAUGAGGCUUAUCAGGAGGGGGGCGGGUAUGGAAUGAUGAUGCAGCAGCAAGCCGGGGAAGGGGGGGAGGGUGAGAGGGAGGGGGGUAGAGACCAGUGGCCUGACUGGGUACUUAGACACAUGUCAUCGUGA